GUCAACGAGAACAAAAUUCAAAAUUUUGUUAAUUGUUUCGUUUCCUUCAUCGUUUUGAUCUGUUGAUUAACUUAAGAAAUUAACUUAUUGAUGAUUGUGAAUGUUUACAAUUAAGGGAUUAAUUUGAUGAGCAAUUUGGUGAAUGACUCAGUUCAAUUGAGUUAAUUUAUUGUGUAAGCAUUUAGAAUCCAGUUAGUUACCAUGGUAACUGUGUUUUCGGAGCAUCAAUUUUGUUUUUAAUUUUUACAUGUGUUUGUUUUGAUUGGAAAUGUUUUCAAUUUUGUUACCUUUAAUUGCUUAGUCUAAUUUGCUGAUUGGGUCAAGUUACAUAAUCAGUCACAAUGAGAUUUAAAUUAUUUUCGGCUCAAUCGCCAUCUUCAUUUAAUCUUGUUUACAAAAAGAAUUUAUUUCAAUAUUCUGGACUUCAGGCGAAUCCAUCUAGAUCAUCAUCUUCAUCAUGUGACUUAUCAAGGAAAACUUUAUCUUCUAUCCUGUUUUCUAAUAGUAAAUUUAAAUCAAAUCUUUCAUCGUUUAGAGUUUAUUGUAAAACGAUUGAUUAUGAUAAGGAGGAGAUUUAUGAGAAUGUUACCUACGAAGACUUGACAGUUGACAUGUUCAAAGAAUUAAUUAAAACAGAUGAAGAUGCUAAACAGAUCGAGCAAAUUUUGGCAAGUUAUACGGUAGCUAAAUAUGAAACUGGUAAAGUCCCGACGACAUUAACCCUUGAAAAUAUGUCCAAAUUAUUACAGAUGAAUUUUUAUAAGAGGGAACAGUAUUUUCUUACACUAUUUAAUCGUGAAUUGAGUAAAUAUCUUCGACAAAAGACAGCCAGGCCACUUCCUGAGCGACAUCCUCACCUGGAAAUUGAAAGAAACGCUGGCAAACAACAAAUCAUGGGCGUUAGAUUUGAUAGCGAAACCGGAGCUCCAUUGUAUGGUGAAUGGUUAAAUUCCCAUUUCCUGAGAUUCCGAAAAGCUGAAUUAACUCAUAGUGUUGACAGUAAUCUAAUUUCUGGAUACAUGUUUGGACCUAAGAUUGUGAUAGAUUGUGAUUAUGAUCUUAAUAUAGUAGAAGCUAAAAAAGUGGUCUGGGAUAUCAACUAUACAAUCAAAGCAAUCAGUAAACAAACCGAUCCAUUUAAUUUACUAUUAACUGGACCAAUCAACUCAUCGUAUAAAAAUAUGUUAAAUGAACUUCUAGAUUCAAGUAAUCCAAAAUUUGGUUAUAUUGGUUUACAAAUGAAAGACGAACAUUUUCUCGACCUUUUCCCGAAAGAGAAAAUAAUUUACCUCUCACCCUAUUCAGUUAAUCCUCUGAAAAGCUACGAUAAAGAUUCAAUUUAUGUUCUUGGUGGUUUACCUGAUCUGCAAUCGGUUAACAUAAGACUUGGUUCAUUAAAGAAGAUUAAAGCUCUUGGAUUAAAAUCUUAUCGAUUACCUUUAGAUGAUCAUUUUGUUUUUAAAGCAUCUAAAAGGUUAAGUUGCCAAGAAUGUGUCAACAUAUUAGAUCAUCUUAGUAUCAACAACAAUUUAGCCGCUGCUUUGAAACAUGGAGUUAGUCCAGGUCGAUAUCGAACUGAAGAGGAAAUAAAAGUGGCCGCCGAUGAAAGGACAGUUAGAAUAUUGAAGAGAAGUUUCCGUGAUCUUCGAAGCGAAUUGGAAAAUACAAAAUUCACUUAAAAAAUUACAAUUAUUUUGUUCCAACAAAAAUAAAACUUCAACAAUUAAGUUCAAAUUGUGAACACAAUUGUUACCAUGGUAACAGUGUUUUCGGAGCAUCAAUUUUGUUAUCAAUUUUUACAUGUGUUUAUUUUCACUCAAAGUGUUUACAAUUUGAUUUUUACUUGUUCCCAUUAA